GCGCCGUUCGUGCUUACACCGGAGACGCCGGAGCGGAGGGUUGAGGCUGAGAUCUUCUAGAAACCAGCAGGGUGUCCUCAUCCAUGCAGCACGGUCUACUGCUCUCGAUGGUCCACUCAGAAAUGGAUUCGAAGUCUCGUCGGCUGCCGUUCUCAGUCUCGGGCCCUUCCUCCCUGUCCUCCCCCACAUCCAUCUCUUCCUCUUCCUCCUCAACUCUCGGUGCCGGGCGGCUGUAUGGCAGGGCAGGCGUGCUGGCCACCGACAGCCUCAGCAGGGGAACCGUGGGAAAGCUAGACCCUGACUACCAGAGCCCUUGCCUUCCUGGAAUCAGCAAAGAUUACAUCUCCUCGGAGAGCUCCCACUCCAGAUGGAGGCUGUCCACUCCCCACUCCUCCUCCUCCUCCUCCUCCCCCACUGUAUCCCGUGAUCGUCCAUGGGCAGGGUCCUCUUACAGUGGAAGAAGCAAACCUCUAAACGUGGACUCGGAGCGGCGGCUGGGCUCGUACUCCGGGCUCCUCUGUGCGUCUCAGGACAGCGAGUCUAAAAGAGCCAAGCUGUCAUACACGAGUAGGGCGGCGUACAGCAGAAACCUGCCUCCCUCCUCCGCCAGAGGCUGCAGUACGCGUGCCAGCCUGGGCUCCAUGCCAGACUCACUGUGGAAGUCCACCAUCAGCCCUCUGUCCAGAUCAUCUUCAGCCUCCUCAUCAUCGUCUGCAGAGGGGCUGUGGUAUCGCAGGGAGCCGGAGAAGAGGUCGGAGCCAAACCAGUCCAGUUUAGGAGAGCCCAGCUACAGACCCACAGUUCUGACCUCCUCACUGUAUCGCCCGGAGCGCGUGACUUCCACCUACGCGCAGGGAGCACGUCCUAAAGAGGGCCUGUACUCCUCACGCAGGGAGAGCAGCACGUCCAGCCGGCACCUCGCCACCGAUUUCCUCCCUUCCCCUCUGCAUCGCAGCUCCCGUAGACUGGCCUCUGACUACUCUCCCAGUUCCCGCCUCUCUCGGGACACGCCCGUCUCCAGCUCCAGCCAAACCUCCGCCUCCUUCUCGGACCCCUCUUUCCUCUACUCCUCGAGCUCUUCUCCAUACACGCCCCUCUCUGAGCGCCAUUCUAGUCCUCCUCAGCCAAGCCCCACCCCUGUCCCAGCACCAUGUCCCGCCCCGGAGGACGGCGAACCGGACGGCAGAAGCACAACAAGGCGUCUGCUGUCCCGCCUCUUCUCCAGACGCUCCAGUCAGGAGUCUGGCUCCGCCUCCAGCUCCAACUCUGCCUCGAGGUCAUUUGACUCCACCUCUGAGGAGGCAUCGCCCAGUGAGACCAUGCCUACACUCAGUAGCAGGGAGAGCACUGAGGAGGAGCCGAGGAGCUCCGACCCAGUGCAGGCGUUUGCGUUCCUGCGUCGACGCGAGCAGAACCUGGCUCCGGUGAGGGCAACUGUGGGGCCAGAAGUGGAAUCAGUCAGGGCUCCCGGCGGCCUUCCCUGGCUCAACUGGUACCGUUACACGCCGCUGUUUUCCCGCCGCCGGAGAGACGGCCGUGAUGAGGGUGCUCGCGCGGAGCCCCGCAGCUCGCGCUCGCUCCCGCUCACCAGCCCAGACAGGCAGAAGACUGCAGAACGGGAUCCGUGUCAUGACGAGGCGGAGCAGGAGGAAGACGAGGAGGAGGAGGGCGCGACAGCCGCUCCUCCGGCCGGAGCGUCGACUGUCUCCUCGGCCCUUGUGCAGGAAACCUCUCGUCUCCCUGGGCGGAGCCCUGUGGCUGCAAGGGUGAUGUCCAGCCCCCUCUUCCGCCUGCCUGAGAAUGUGAUUAUUGGAUUGGAUGUGGGAGUGGAGGGGCGGAGUCAGGCUGAUGCGCAAGCGAAGGAAAAGCCCACCCCCUCCAGAGACCCUGAGAAACUUCGGAAGAUUCAGGAAAGCUUGCUGCUGGAGGAGUCUGACGAAGACGAGGGGGACCUGUGCCGGAUUUGUCAGAUGAAGGAGGAGUCGAGCUCCAACCCGCUGAUUGAGCCCUGCAGAUGCACAGGCAGCUUGCAGUAUGUGCACCAGGACUGCAUCAAACAGUGGCUCCGCUCCAAGAUCAGCUCCGGUUCCACCUUGGAGGCCAUCACUACCUGCGAACUCUGUAAGGAGAAGCUGCAUCUUGACAUCGAGAACUUUGACAUCAAUGAGCUCUACAGAUCCCAUGAACGGUCGGAGUACGAGUUCAUCAGCUGUGGCCUCUACCUGGUGGUGCUGCUACACCUGUGCGAGCAGAGGUUCUCCGACGUGCUUGGGGCAGUCAACGAGGCUGGGGCUCCUACGCUGAGUCUGACGAAGAGGAUGUACAGGACAACAGGCCGUCCAUUGACUUCUCCGACAUGGACAACGAGGGAGAGGAGGAAGAGGAGUUCUAGUCUUGACAAGGACAGGGGGGGGCGUACAUCCACCUCUCGGCAGUCCACCUGGACUCUGUUAUCCAGUGCACAAAGACUCAUUGGUGCCCAGCGACCGCACCUAGACAUCGACCAUAGUCCGACGCAGGACUCUCGAUAUGCAGAUGGACUUGUUGGGGGGUGGCCCCACCCACCAAGAUUUUCUUUGUUUUUGUGUCUGAAGUUGCCGAGUGCACAGCCAAGCUUUGUAGAGCGUGAGGUAAGAACCAUGGGAGGGGUGUGUGGCGAGGGUGCUCAGACCAUGCUGAGGAGGGGGGUCCUGUGGAUGGGCACUAGCAUGUGGAUCAGGAAUGGGAAGCUUUGACUCUUUAUUGAAAAUGGUGGGGAAAAGAAUAAAUAAUUCACUUUAAUUUGUUUUAUGUAUCAAGUGGACUUGUGUUUGAAGUGAGUUUUCUCUGAAUCGUGGACAAAUGAAAAAUGGGAGACUGGAUGAGAAGUUUGUGGUUUUCCAUCGUUUUAAUUGCUUUCUGAUUAUAACUUGCUCUGCUUAAUUAUUUCCUCACUUUAAUUACAAUAAACGUCUUGGUGUACGGAGGUAAACCGCGU